AUGAAACAGGAGACGAACAGACAGCAUCCGUGAAAAUCAAUCGACUCGAAAUAAACAUGGAACCUACAGCUGCGAAAGAUAAUAAAAAAUUUGAACGACAUGGACGAAAGUCCGCUUGAAGAAUGUUUAAAUUAGAAACCUGGAGAUUCAUAUUUAUCGUGGUAUAGGUCAAAAAAAACUCCAAAACUGGAGCAGAGUGUGAGCAAGAUGAUGCUAGGGCGGAAGCAAAGUCUGAAGGGGGAUCAAAUCUUGGCGGAUUAUGGACCGGACGAGGCCUUCAAUGAGAAUGCUGAUAUUGAAUGGGUAAACAAGAGAUGGGUGAGACGUUUGAUGAGGACCUGUGCUCUCCUGAGCUUAGCAUCGGUGAGCUGCAACACCCCAAAAACUUUCAAGCUUUUCCCUCAUCUAGAACUGAUAACAAUCACGGUAGAUGUUAUUGUAACUCUCCUGUUCACAGCCGAAAUGAUUGCAAAGAUGCACAUGAGAGGAAUUUUGAAGGGGGAAAAACCUUAUUUGAAAGACCAUUGGUGCAAGUUCGACGCCACCAUGGUGUUCUUCCUUUGGUGUUCGGUGAUUUUGCAGAUAUUCGAUAUCUUUCGAAUUGCUCCAACUUUUAACUCUAUAUUCAGAUCUCCGAGACCGCUGAUCAUGAUUAGGUUCUUGAGGGUUUUCCUCAAGUUUUCCAUGCCGAAAUCCAGGAUAAACCAGAUAUUCAAGCGAUCGAGUCAACAGAUUUACAAUGUCACCCUCUUCUUCCUAUUCUUCAUGUCCUUAUACGCCUUGCUUGGAGUUCAAUUCUUCGGAGAACUGAAGAACCAUUGCGUCCGAAAUGAUACAGAUUUAAACCACGUAACUAUCAACAGUUUAUCGAUUCCUGACACCUACUGUUCCCUAGACCCUACAUCUGGUUACCAAUGCCCCGAAGGAAUGAAAUGCAUGAAAUUUGACGGAAAAUCGAGAUACAUCAUAGGAUUCAACGGUUUCGACGAAUUCGUGACUAGUUUCUUCACCGUCUACCAGGCAGCCUCACAGGAAGGCUGGGUCUUCAUAAUGUACAGGGCGAUAGAUUCGUUACCCGGUUGGAGGGCAGUCUUCUACUUCAGCACCAUGAUAUUCUUCUUGGCUUGGUUGGUCAAGAACGUGUUCAUUGCCGUUAUCACGGAGACCUUCAAUGAAAUCAGGGUGCAGUUUCAGCAGAUGUGGGGCCCCAGAGGGCAUAUCCAAAACAGCACAGCUUCACAGAUAUUGAUAGGGGACGACAGGGGAUGGAAACUGGUGACCCUGGACGACAAUAAACACAGUGGCGUGGCUCCAGAGUUAUGACAUAAGAUUUUAAGAUCGCCCCAUUUUCGUCUGCUGGUUAUGGUCGUUGUUCUGGCCAAUGGGAUCGUCACAGCGACCAUGAGGUUCCAGCAUGACGACAGGCCUAGAGAGGUGUUCUACGAGAACUACUACUAUGUUGAAGUGGGAUUCACGAUAGUUUUAGAUCUGGAAACUUUGUUCAAGGUUUGGUGUCUUGGAUGGAGGGGAUACUGGAAACAUUCCAUACACAAGUUCGAGUUUCUGUUGGUGGUUGGGACUACCAUACAUGUUAUACCUGGUUUUUACAUGACCGGUUUCGCCUAUUUCCAAGUGCUUCGCAUAGUAAGACUCAUCAAAGCCUCGCCCUUACUGGAAGAUUUCGUAUAUAAAAUCUUCGGACCAGGAAAGAAACUCGGCAGUUUGAUCAUCUUCACCAUGUGCUUGCUGAUAAUAUCGUCCAGCGUUUCUAUGCAGCUCUUCUGCUUCCUGGAUUUCCCAAAGUUCGAAACUUUCGCCGAAGCCUUCAUGUCCAUGUUCCAAAUAUUGACGCAGGAAGCCUGGGUGGAGGUUAUGGACGAGACCAUGCUGAGGACAAGUUCUUGGGUUGCUCCCUUGGUUGCCGUCUAUUUUAUCUUGUACCAUCUGUUCGUCACACUGAUCGUGCUCAGUUUGUUCGUAGCAGUCAUCUUGGAUAACCUGGAGCUGGACGAAGACAUCAAGAAGCUUAAACAGCUGAAGUACAGAGAGCAAAGCGCUGAAAUCAAAGAAACACUUCCGUUUCGUCUAAGGAUUUUCGAGAAAUUCCCAGAUAGUCCUCUUAUGGUCUCUCUCCACAAAGUACCGUCCGAUUUCAACUUGCCAAAGGUAAGGGAAAGCUUCAUGAGGCAGUUCGUGUAUGAGACUGAAGAAGACGAGAAUUCAGAAUCCAGCAUCAAGAAGCUAAACGAAGAAGUCUUCGAUUCCAAAAUCAUUUAUAGGAAGCAGAAACCAAUCAAGGUCAUGAAUACUUUACCGAAGGUCAGAGGGGCAAAUGACAAGUUGAAGAAAACUUCUAUUUCUUACAUCAUCAAUGAUUCGAACAACCAAAGACUGAUGUUGGGUGAUUCAUCCAUGAUACCUGUCCCUGGUGCGAAAGGUGGGCUUAAGCCCCAGGGUACUAUUAACAGCAUGAAGCAAUUACGUAUCGACCACAAGAAGUUUGGAUCAAGAUCGAUUAGAAGGAGUGUCAGAAGUGGAUCCAUCAAACUGAAGCAAACGUAUGAACAUCUUAUGGAAAAUGGAGAUAUUGGUGUCAAUAGGGUAACUUCCAACAGAGCUAGACCUCAUGACUUGGACAUAAAAUUACUUCAGGCAAAGAGACAGCAAGCUGAAAUGAGAAGAAAUCAAAGGGAAGAGGAUCUCAGGGAAAAUCAUCCAUUUUUCGAUACCCCUCUCUUUGCAGUGCCCAGAGAAAGCAGAUUCAGGAAAUUCUGCCAAAUGCUAGUCUACGCUAGAUACGAUGCUAGGUUGAAGGACCCUCUCACAGGAAAAGACAGCAGGAAAGUCCAGUACAAAAGUCUACACAACUUCUUAGGCUUGGUAACCUACUUGGACUGGAUAAUGAUUUCCAUGACAACCUUGUCUUGCCUCUCCAUGAUGUUUGAAACUCCAGACUAUAGGGUCACAGAGAAUGCGUCUCUGCAAGUUGCAGAAUACUGUUUUGUCAUCUUUAUGAGCAUGGAACUGGCUCUUAAGAUCCUGGCAGAUGGUCUGUUCUUCACCCCCAAGGCCUAUGUGAAGGAUGUUGCUGCAGUCCUAGAUGUAUUCAUUUAUCUUGUUAGCUUGGUUUUCCUUUGCUGGAUGCCCAAGAAAGUCCCUCCAAACUCCAGCGCCCAACUAUUGAUGAUCCUGCGUUGCCUAAGACCUUUGAGGAUCUUCACUUUGGUUCCACACAUGAGAAAAGUUGUGUACGAGUUGUGCAGAGGUUUCAAAGAAAUCUUACUGGUAUCAAUCUUGCUGAUUUUGCUGAUGUUUGUAUUCGCCAGCUUCGGUACCCAGCUUUAUGGUGGUAGAUUAGCACGUUGUAAUGACCCGAUGAUUAAGGAGAGGAAAAACUGCGUUGGUAUUUUUUUACGUAGGGUUUUUGUCACCAAGAUGAAACUCCUCCCUGGGGUCAACGAAACUUAUCCUGCAAUGCUGGUUCCGAGAGUAUGGGCAAAUCCAAGAAGAUUCAAUUUUGACAACAUAGGCGACGCCAUGCUGACACUCUUCGAAGUUUUAUCCUUCAAAGGAUGGUUGGAUGUGAGGGAUGUUAUCAUCAAGCAGCUAGGGGCGAUUCAUGCUUUUUACAUCCACGUUUACAUCUUCCUCGGUUGCAUGAUUGGAUUAACACUUUUUGUUGGUGUUGUGAUUGCUAAUUACUCGGAGAACAAGGGUACAGCUCUGCUCACCGUUGACCAGAGAAGAUGGUGCGAUUUGAAGAAAAGAUUGAAAAUAGCCCAACCCCUUCAUCUACCCCCAAGGCCAGAUGGAAAACCCUUCAGGGCUUUCAUCUACGAUAUCACACAGAAUAUUAAAUUCAAGAGAUUCAUAGCGUUAUUGGUAUUGGUAAACAGUUCACUACUAACUGUUACUUGGGAUAUGGAUCAAGGAUACACCAACAUACUAGCGGCUAUAAACAUGAUAUGUACGCUUCUAUUUUUGGUGGAAGUUGUCAUGAAAAAUAUUGCUUUCACACCUAGGGGAUAUUUACAAUCAAGAAGAAACAGAUACGAUCUUCUUGUCACCGUUACUGGAAUAGCUUGGGACUUCUUCCACCUUGCAUUCAAGAAUCAUCUCACGUACUUCUUGGGUUUCAUGGUAGUGAUUCUGAGGUUCUUCACCAUAACUGGCAAACACGCAACCCUCAAGAUGUUGAUGUUGACGGUUGGAGUGUCUGUCUGUAAGAGUUUCUUCAUCAUUUUCGGCAUGUUCUUGCUCGUAUUUUUUUACGCUCUGGCCGGGACUAUCCUUUUCGGUACAGUCAAAUACGGAGAAGGUAUAGGAAGGAGGGCAAACUUCGAAUCUCCGGUAACGGGGGUUGCGAUGUUGUUCAGAAUUGUCACCGGUGAAGAUUGGAAUAAGAUCAUGCACGACUGUAUGAUUCAACCACCAUAUUGUACGCCAGCAGCGAAUUAUUGGGAAACUGAUUGUGGAAACUUUAGUGGAGCUCUCAUAUACUUCUGCACUUUUUAUGUGAUAAUAACCUACAUCGUUCUGAAUCUUCUAGUUGCUAUUAUUAUGGAGAACUUCUCCCUCUUCUAUUCUAACGAAGAAGAUGCCCUUCUAUCGUAUGCAGACAUUAGAAAUUUCCAAAACACGUGGAAUAUAGUGGACAUUCAUCAAAGGGGAGUCAUCCCAGUUAGACGAGUGAAAUUCAUUCUGAGGCUUCUGAAGGGGAGACUGGAAGUUGAUCCUCAAAAAGAUAGACUGUUGUUCAAGCACAUGUGCUAUGAAUUGGAGAGGCUGCACAAUGGAGAAGAUGUAACAUUUCACGACGUAAUAAAUAUGCUGUCGUACAGAUCUGUGGAUAUCAGGAAAGCCUUGCAACUAGAAGAACUACUGGCAAGAGAAGAGUUCGAAUAUAUAAUAGAAGAAGAAGUAGCGAAACAGACAAUAAGGACAUGGCUGGAGGGGUGUCUCAAAAAAAUUCGCUCCACAAAUAAACAGCAAAAGAGUCUGAUAGACGGUCUCAGGGCUACUAAUGAGACAAUUUCAAUGUUGCCAGACCCAGUGGAGGAGGUUAAAAUUGGGGCAAGUCCUGAUCAAGAGAGUGCAAGCGAGCAGAAGGAGGUCGAAGCCGUGGCUAACAGAAAACAAAAACUGUCCAAUUUAGCUAGAUCCGACAGCAUAGGAAGCUCUUCCGGUAGAAAAUACCUCGCACCGACAUUGUCCGACCCAUCAGCAAGAACUGAGAAAGAAAGGGUAACGACCAACAAAAAGAAAGCUAACAGGCCUCCAGUGCCUCUGAACAAGACCACCCCACACCUGAACGAAAUCGAGUCACGAAUGCCUCGGGAGGUUUUCAACAAUAAAACCACCCUACCCAAGGCUUCGAAUGCCCUUAAUGAGAUAAGAGACUGGUGGAAUGAACAGUUGAAUUAUGCAUCAUCAAGUGAUGAGGAGUGAUAGAUUAAAUAAACUCAUAUACAGGUUUAUAUAAAUGAUUGUAACGUCGCAGUCAAUUUUGAAAUCCUAUGAUAUAUACUUCGAAACGCUCUAGUAGAGAGCAGCAAAGAAUGAUUCGAAACUAUGUUACAAAAUCAUUUAUGAAGAGGCUGUAAUGGUGAUAAAGGCAGUUGGAUCAAACAUUUGAAGAGAGUUCACGUUAUUAAUCACAAAGAAAAUGUGUGUAGAAUGUUCCAAAAUAUUGAUGAGAGGUUUAAUUUAUUCUUGUUAGUUGACUGAAAUAAAUAUAUAAAAUAUG